GACAAAAUUCCGGAAGUGGCGUAUGACAUUUGGCAUGCGCAUACAGAGGAAGAAAAGCACUAGCGUUUAGCCGACGGCAUUACAUUAUAAACAUUAACAAUCCGGGCUGUUUCUCUCGGUCGCUGGGAUGGAGAUAUAAGGGUGUGGGACCAAUAACUGCUCUUCAGUGCAUGGACGCAAAGCCAAUGCGCAGGGUCACCAGCGCACGCCAAGACGCUACUGGAAUGGACAUCACCAGCCGCUGUACUCUGGGGGACCCCAACAAGCUCCCAGAGGGGGUCCCCCAGCCCGCGCGCAUGCCCUACGUCUCGGACAAGCACCCACGGCAGACCCUGGAGGUGAUCAACCUUUUGAGGAAACACCGGGAGCUCUGCGACGUGGUGCUGGUGGUGGGCGCCAAGAAGAUUUAUGCUCACCGCGUCAUCCUGUCAGCCUGCAGCCCUUACUUCAGGGCAAUGUUUACUGGGGAGCUGGCGGAGAGCAGGCAGACCGAAGUGGUGAUCCGCGACAUCGACGAGAGGGCCAUGGAGCUGCUCAUUGACUUCGCCUACACCUCACAGGUGACUGUCGAGGAGGGAAAUGUUCAGACGCUGCUACCCGCCGCCUGCCUCCUCCAGCUCGCUGAGAUCCAGGAGGCCUGCUGCGAGUUCCUCAAGAGGCAGCUGGAUCCCUCCAACUGCCUGGGCAUCAGGGCCUUCGCAGACACGCACUCCUGUCGGGAGCUGCUCCGCAUCGCCGACAAGUUUACCCAGCACAAUUUUCAAGAGGUGAUGGAAAGCGAGGAGUUCAUGCUGCUGCCCGCCAACCAGCUGAUCGACAUCAUUUCCAGUGACGAGCUCAAUGUGCGCAGUGAGGAGCAGGUUUUCAACGCUGUGAUGGCCUGGGUGAAGUACAGUAUCCAAGAGCGCAGACCACAGCUGCCUCAGGUCCUACAGCAUGUCCGGCUGCCUCUGCUCAGCCCCAAGUUUCUGGUGGGCACCGUAGGGUCUGACCCUCUCAUCAAGAGCGACGAGGAGUGCAGAGACCUGGUUGACGAGGCUAAGAACUACCUGCUGCUGCCGCAGGAGAGGCCACUGAUGCAGGGCCCCAGGACCCGGCCGAGGAAACCCAUUCGCUGUGGAGAGGUCCUCUUUGCAGUGGGCGGCUGGUGCAGCGGCGACGCCAUUUCCAGCGUUGAGCGCUACGACCCCCAGACCAACGAGUGGCGGAUGGUGGCGUCGAUGAGUAAGCGGCGGUGCGGCGUCGGCGUCAGCGUCCUGGACGACCUGCUGUACGCGGUGGGAGGUCACGACGGCUCGUCGUACCUCAACUCCGUAGAGCGAUAUGACCCGAAGACCAAUCAGUGGAGCAGUGACGUGGCCCCCACCAGUACGUGUCGUACCAGCGUUGGAGUGGCUGUCCUCGGUGGUUAUCUGUACGCUGUAGGGGGACAGGAUGGGGUUUCCUGUCUCAACAUCGUAGAAAGGUAUGACCCCAAGGAGAACAAAUGGACUCGAGUGGCCUCCAUGAGCACCAGGCGGCUGGGUGUAGCUGUCGCUGUGCUCGGGGGCUUCCUGUACGCUGUCGGGGGGUCUGAUGGGACAUCACCAUUAAAUACAGUGGAACGCUACAACCCUCAGGAGAACCGCUGGCACACAGUUUCCCCGAUGGGAACCCGAAGGAAGCACCUGGGCUGCGCCGUCUACCAGGACAUGAUUUACUCAGUCGGAGGAAGAGACGACACCACAGAGCUGAGCAGCGCUGAGCGAUACAACCCCAGGACCAACCAGUGGUCUCCCGUGGUGGCCAUGACGUCCAGACGGAGCGGGGUGGGCUUAGCUGUGGUGAAUGGUCAGCUUAUGGCAGUGGGAGGCUUCGACGGGACGACGUACCUCAAAACGAUAGAAGUCUACGACCCCGAUGCCAACACAUGGAGGCUGUACGGAGGAAUGAACUACCGUCGGCUAGGUGGGGGGGUGGGCGUCAUCAAAAUGACUCACUGUGAAUCUCACAUAUGGUAACAACACCCCCCCUGCACGCUCUCUCACACUUCUCAUCACGUUGCAAUGGAUGCCUCUUUUCUCCAACUCCCGUGCCUAUGAGACGAUAUAGUUCACGCGUGGAUGAGAGACGUGGUGGAAGAGAGGGAGACUUUGAACUUUGAACUCUAUCUCAUCCCCCUAACCACACCCCGACUACGACUCUCUUCGGGGGCAUUGACUGUGGGAUAGCCCCAUUGUCUUCAUCGGUUGGAUCAGCAUGAACAAAUGUACCAAAGCUUCCGGUUUUGUGGAGGACCGGCCUUUUCCUCUGGAACAGCAGCUUGGUCUGGUCUGUUUACAUUUUAGAGGUUGUGAACGUUCAAGCAUCACGUUGCAGCAAAUCCACUACCCGGGGAAGAAAUAUCAUUUUUUGUUUUAAAUUAAAAUGCCAGCCCCUGAAUUGCUGUUCCUGCCCAGCCUUCAAUUGGUUAAAUUAAAAACAGCCAGCUGAUGUUCGGUCCAUUGUGUGAGGCUGUGACGUCUCUGGGAAGCAUCAUUUUAUUCCCACGGCAAGAUGAGUGGCAUUAGAAGAAGCUAAUGCUACUCAGCAUUCCUUCUCCCUAUUCUCUCCCACUGCCGCCGCUUCUUACAUGAAGGUGUUAAAAGAUGUCAGUUCAGGUGCUGACAGUGCAUUUUGAAGGAUCAUCUCAACCCACCAGUGGAAAGAACUCACACAUCCCGGUGAAGUAUUUUUUUAGUAAAUGUCAAAUUUGUUUUGGGGCCAAACAUAUUUUCUCAAAGUGUAGAUUUAGUAAAAAAAACAUUGGUUGUUAAAAAAUGCAGAAAAAUGAAAUGAAAUACAAUGGUAGCAGAAGGACUUAGUCUGGUUUAGUACGAUCAAAUAUUUGUGAUCCAACACCAAACACUUUUCCCUCAACACAUUAUUCACAGCACGGAUCUGUUGUAUUGGAACAUUACUUUUUGGAGAAAAUGCUGUGUGGAAAUGAAUCCUGCGUUAGAAUUAUAACCUAGGAUUUUAUCAGACCAAGCCUUUUUAAAGCAAAGAAGAUUUCAGAAACAAAAUAAUUUGCACAGAUUGAAGCUAUUUUUAUUCAAGCCAGCAGUUAGAAUGCCGAUCACCCCAAGGAGUCAUUUAUUAUUAAAAUAAUAUACAGCAUUCUCUCGUUGAACUAUGCAGUAGUAUAUUCAUCCCAGUUCUUCAUUUAGAUGUUCCACAUUGGUUUAAUUCUUAACUGUAUAUGCAUCAAUAAACAGCUCACAAGUUUUGAAGCACAGGUCGUUUUUAUUUGUUCGGCUUUAUCACAUUUCUGUUUUUAACUGAUCUCAGCUCAAUGUGAAACACAAAUGGCGAGGGUCAUAAGUCGAAUGGACUGGAAUUUGUUUGGAGUGAAUCUCAAAAUUGAUUGCACUGUGAUCGGAAAUGUAUUUUAGAUUACAUCUUUUUUUUUUUUUUUCUUAAUUGUAUUUUAUUUGGGUUUUCAUCGGUUAAUCAUAGGAAUGAGAAAUGUCAGGCUGAGGUGCACGGAUUCAUUUCUGCCAGUCAACACGUGACUUUCUUUGUCACAGUCCUGCACGCUAUACGGUUGGAACAAAUUCAUCGCUGUAAUAACGCGCAGGCCUGCCUGCCUGCUCCUUGUAAGCUGGCACGAAUAGAAUAUUUUGCUAUUUGUCACUACCACAGAAGUAAAAAGAAAUAAUUUGGGGUAAAGUAUCUGACGCCUGUUAUUGCUUUGGAUCUGUUACUGUCCGAUGCCUUUUAUUGGCUGGAUUCAAAUUGUCAAAUUAGCUUAGGAAGGCCGCUAUGAUAAGGGCUGUUUGAAUUAUCUAAAUGCUAUGGAAAGGAGCUUCAGUGCUUCCCUAGUUGGCUCCUUUAGCAUAGGAACCACUGACUUUCUUUUACAAAAGGAAAGAUAAUUCCGUCCCUCAAUUCCUUGCUGCGGCAACAGUGACUCAUCAUUUGAGCGUUCACAAGAACUAACAAUAAUGACGGAGAAACGCAGAUCAUGUGAUUAGUAUAAUUCAUUUAUGUCGCAGCCUUGUCAAUAAAGUAAUACUUUGAACCUU